CGCUGUCGAGACGUACCUCGGCUUUCCUGGGAAGCUGACUAGACUGAUUAAAGCAACGAUGGACGGUGUGCAAAACUGCGUAAGGGUUUCGGGUGAACUAUCCAGUUCAUUCGUAUCUCGCCGGGGACUGCGACAAGGUGACGGACUCUCAUGUCUACUCUUCAACAUCGCGCUGGAAGGUGUGAUGCGACGAGCCGGGCUCAACAGCCGGGGAACGAUUUUCACAAAAUCCGGUCAAUUUGUAUGCUUUGCGGACGACAUGGACAUUAUCGCUAGAACAUUUGGAACGGUGGCAGAACUGUACACCCGCCUGAAACGCGAAGCAGCAAAGGUCGGACUGGUGGUGAAUGCCUCAAAAACAAAGUACAUGCUGGUAGGCGGAACCGAACACGACCGGAUCCGUCUGGGUAGUGAUGUUACGAUAGACGGGGAUACUUUCGAGGUGGUGGAGGAAUUCGUCUACCUCGGAUCCUUACUGACGGCUGACAACAACGUGAGCCGUGAAAUUCGGAGGCGCAUCAUCAGCGGAAGUCGGGCCUACUACGGGCUCCAGAAGAAACUGCGGUCGAAAAAGAUUCACCCACGCACCAAAUGCACCAUGUACAAAACGCUAAUAAGACCGGUGAUCCUCUACGGGCACGAGACAUGGACCAUGCUCGAGGAGGACCUGCAAGCACUCGGAGUUUUCGAGCGACGCGUGCUAAGAACGAUCUUCGGCGGUGUGCAGGAGAAGAAUGAACCACGAGCUCGCUGCACUUUACGGCGAACCCAGCAUCCAGAAGGUGGCCAAAGCCGGAAGGAUACGGUGGGCAGGGCAUGUUGCAAGAAUGCCGGACAACAACCCUACAAAGCUGGUGUUUGCAACAGAUCCGGUUGGCACAAGAAGGCGUGGAGCGUAGAGAGCACGAUGGGCGGACCAGGUGGAGCGUGACUUGGCGGGCAUUGGGCGCGACCGAGGAUGGAGAGCGGCAGCCACAAACCGAGUAUUGUGGCGUACUAUUGUUGAUUAUGUCUUGUCUUAAUGAUGUUGAACAAAUAAAUGUAUGUAAUAGAUUUGAAAAGUUUGAUUUUCAUACUAGUUUCGAAAUGUCUGCUCACCAUUUGUAACCUUUUGAGUGCACCAUAGAUUUUUCCACAUUGAGUAUUAACAAAGGCAUCCCAAGAUAAAUUAGAUGUAAAAACAACUCCAAGGUUAUCAACUUUUUCAAAGAAUUCAAUUAUUUGUCCAUCAAAAACAAGCACAGGUGUUUGAGGAGGGUUUCUGAGUCUCGAUAUCAUAAUAGCUUUAGUUUUAGAUGGGUUUACAGCAAGUAAGUUAUUUAUGGACCAUGCAAAGAUGCUUCUUAAGUCAUUAUUAAUUUUCCUAGCAACAUCAUCUAUAAUGAAUUCACCAGUAACGGUGAAAUAAAUUUGUACAUCAUCCGCAAACAGAUGAAUUGAACAAUAACGCAAGGAAUUAGGAAGAUCGUUAAUAAAAAGAGAGAAUAAUAAGGGUCCCAGGACAGAUCCUUGUGGAACCCCUGACUUAAUCGAACUAAAAGAAGAUAAAACAUUAUUGAAAAACACGGCUUGACAUCUAUCGCUCAAAUAUGAUGUUAUCAAAUUAGCAGCAGACUGAGAGAAACUAAAAUUAUUUAUUAGUUUAUUCACUAAUCUACAAUGUGACA